CUGAAUAAAAAUAAUAUAUUCAGCAUGAUGUUGACCUUUUCUCUGUAGUUAACUAAUUGUAGUUUUAGUUUAUUUGAUUCAAAUUGUUGCAUUUGCUAGGAUGAGUAAACUUGUUACUAAAAUACCUCUAUUGGUCAAUCAGACUAAGCCGGUUGUUAAUGUUGGUUUCAAUCGUUUUAUGCACCAUGAAAAAGGCGAGUUGACUCAAAUUAAAAUACCAAAGCGAAUACCGAGGGAUAAAACCGAUAUUCUGAAGGCACUUUCAUCUACUGUUGGAACAGAUCCAACAGCUGCUCAUUUUAAAUUUAUAGAUGAUCCAUAUUUGAUACCGAAUAAUAGAUACCACAAAUUAGUCUAUAGUCUAUCAAAAGAAUCUGGUCGUAAAGCAGCGAAAUAUUUUAUGAAAGAAUUCCCUCAAUUUUUCAUCCGGGAUGAAGCUGAGCCUAAAGUUGAAGCAUUUCACUUCAAAGAAUUGUAUGACGAAUCAAUGGACUUGAACGAAGAGGAUUUACUAACAGCCAUAAAAAAUCAUCAAAUCGACAAUGCAAUAACAGCAUUCAAAGUUAUCAAAGCUGCAGGAAAUACAAUAACUGAUGCUACAAAAAUAAGUCUACUUGAAAUUGUUUGUUUUUUCAAUAGUCUUGAAGCCCCAGAUACAGAUUUGCGAGAAAAAUUUGUUUCAGAAAGACCUGCAGAUUCGAUAUGGGUUUCAGAUUUUGCUUUUGAAGUUUUUGAUUCGUUGUCAGUUAAAGAUGGUAGAGCUUAUAGUGUAAUGAUCGCUGGUCUUUGCAAACAUUCAGCGAUUGAAAGAGCUUUACAGCUUCACGAUGCUGUUAAAGAGAAUAAUUUAUCUCUUACUGUUGAGGGCUACAAUGCUUUAAUUCUUGCUGCUAUCCGUGGUCAAUCGUUCGAAAAUAGAUGGUCAAUAAUUAUGCAAGUAAUCAGCGAAAUGAAUGGCCAUAAAAUCCCACCCAAUCUUGAAACUUUUGCUAAUAUUUUCGAAAUCCUUGCACGAUGCAAAUCUACUGGUGAAGUUCGAGAUAAGGCUAGAGGACUAAUGGCAGAAAUGAAGCGCUGUAACAUCGAACCAAGUUUAAGUGUUUAUAAUAAUUUACUAAGAAUUUUCGCUAAUGGAAAUAAUGCCCGUCCAAGAAUAAUAGAAGAAAUCCUGAAUGAACUGGGAAAUAAAAAGCUUUCUAUGCGCCACGAAAAGGAUGACUUUUUCUUUUCAAAUGCCAUGUCAAUUUGCAAUUCAUUGUCCGAUAUUCAGCUUGCUUAUAAAUUACAUUCAUUGGUUUCAUCUCAUCAAAAUUAUUUGCUACUUGGUUCAACGGAGUUUGAAUUCCGUUAUUACAAUAAUCUAUUCAAGCUUAUAGUAAAGAGCGAAUCAAUCGAUAAAACUAUGGAAGCCUACUAUAAAUUUGUUCCUAAUAUUUAUGUGCCCGAUUCGUCAACCUUCAUUGAGCUCAUUGAAGCAAUUGAACUGUAUCAAGCUGAUCGUUACAUACCUCAAGUUUGCUCCGAUUUUCUUCUUCUUGAAUAUUACAUAGCACCGGAAAAUAUCACCAAAUUUUUGAAUAUUCUUUCAAGAAAAGAGUACCCGAAAGAAAUCCAAGAACACGUUAAUAAUACCGUGCUUGACAUAAUGCGUGUCAUCCAGAGUAAAACAAGCCAAAAGAAUGCAUCAGAACUAGCCAACUUUGACGUGACCAUAUUUGAUAAUAGCUUGAAAAUCUUGUCAAAUAAUAAAGAUUUAAACAAGAUUAGGAAUGUCUUGAGUCUGCUUAGACAAUUGAAAAAUUCAAUUAAUGGACCAUUAUCACUCCAAACUAUGAGAAAUCUGGUUGAUAUGGCUAUUGAACUCGAAAGUGGAAAAGACAUUGUUGAAAUAGUGAAAACUACUGUUGCCUUUGAUGAUGUUUCAGUUCUAUCAAGGGUAGUUCAUUUGUGCAAGAAGAACAAUGCUUCACAAAAUUUGCUUGACCGUUUGGAAGAGAUCAUAACCAAGAAUGGAAUUGUUUUGCAAGACUACUCCGAUGAAAGUUCAGAAAGCUCUGAAAGCUCUGAUAGCUCAAGUGAGAGCUCAGAUGAUGAUAAAGCUCAAAGUGGAAAGUCGACAGAAAAAUAAUCAUAAUUGAAUUGCAAUCUUUAAAAAUAGAAGCUUUUUGUAAAAAUUGUAGAGUUUAUUAACAAAAUAAUUUAAAACUAAGUGUUCAUUAUAAAAUAAAAUUCAUAAAA